GCGCUGAUCAGUUGGUAGGCGCCGCCCGCUCUGAUUGGCUGCGCCGCCCCGCAGCCGAAGCGACGGCGGCGUCGACAACGCUGCUGUUGCUGCCGCUGCUGGCAGAGUCAGUCAGUCAGCGAGUGGCCGACGGAGCGGGUUGUCCGGGGUCCCGCGUCUUCCCCCCGCCUCACCUCUUUCCCCGCCGGGGUCGCUGACCGGGAUGGCGUCGGGUAGGUGGCCGCCUCCCUCGCUGGGGGAAACCGGGGCUUGAGGCUGUCACUGAGGGGGAGGCGGGAGGGGGCGUGGCCUCUGGGAGGAGGGAAGGACCCCAGCGGGUCUGGCAGUUGCCAUAUUUGAGAGGGUUGCGCCUGCGCAAUGACUCCUCCCACAAGUUUCAGGCUCUUUUGCAAAGGUUGCGCUGGACUGACCCACGAGUGCGCCUGCGCGCUCGCCCCACAGCUGACUCGUCUCACGUGCUUAAGGCCCCUUGGGACUAUUCUUGGCCAGUCGAGGCGUGAGUGGCGCCUCAGUUUGUGGUUUAUUUAUUUAUUUUUAAAUUGGAAUCCUUGAAGGAUGUAUAAUAGCAAUAUUAUUUUAUUUUUUAAAAUAGUAAUAAAAAUGUUGGCAAUAGUUCAGUGUUUUACAGCUUUAUAGUAAUAUUUUGCAGUUUUAUGUUUUUGUAAUUUGGGAAAGGCAAUACAGUAGUCUUCAGUUAGUGGGUCGGGAUCAAGUACUGGGUCAUGUCUGAUACAAGGUGGGUCGCAGCAGGAGCACCACUGCCAUGCAGAUAUGUUUGAGUUAAAGGUGGGUCCUGGAUCUGAAAAGAUUGAAUAUAAUAAUGAUAUUAUGGUAGGGUUGGGAAACUUCUGGCAAAUUUGCCCCCCUGGGUUUCCUUAUUUGGCCCUUCAUGCUGUCCCCAGGCUUCAAUCUUCGUUGGCAGUGUUUCACACCUUCCUUGAGUGUUUUUGCGUGGCUGGAAUAUGAACAGUUCCCUCUACUCCUCUCUCAGCCUCAGCCCGUCAACUACAAUAUAGUCCUAUCUCCUUCCACAAGCCAGGGUCCUCCAGAUGCUUGCUGGACUGCAGGUCCCAACAUCCUUGACCACUGGCUAUGUUUGCUGCGGCUGAUUUAGUCCAAAACAUCAGGAGAGCAUCAGGUUUGGGAAGGCUGCUCUUAAGCGUUAAGGAUGAUGCUGGCUACUAAUGGGGGACGCUUGUGAGGCAUAUGUGCUCUUGCUGUUUGUGUGGAAUGUUUGACGGUGGUCAGAGCAUAGCCCUUUCCAAGCGGCUGUUGCAGUCUUAGAGUUCUUUCGCAGUGGGAGUUCAAGUUGGAAAUAGGCUUCUUGUAACUGAAGGGAGGAGGGAAGCAAAACAGUUUUUGGAAACACAUUGCAAACUUCUGCUGGGCACAAGCAUCUUUAAGAGGGUUCUGUGGCUGUUCACCAUGGCUAGCCAUGCACCUAUAUUAAAUAGCAAAUGAUACCCAAGAUGAGUUAUUUAUAGUUGUAGAUACUGCACACCUCAUUCACUGUGUCUGAAAUCAUGCUCAGCACAAGUACCCACCUGUCUUCUCAAUUGUUCAUCUCCAGUUGCUGAUAUCUCUAACAGAGGAUCGAAAAAACAAAUACUUAAGGCAAUGAUUGUCAAGCGCUGUGAACUUUGGCCUCACAUCUGAACUUCCUCUAUCUUGUGUCCCCCACCCUUUCAACCCCAGCACCAACAAUCUUUUCCACAGAUGAAUAUGCUGGGAUGUUCAUCUUCCGUUCUGUGCAGGACUGCAGCUGCGUGUGAGGGUUUGUGGACUGGGAUAUUUAUCUAAGACUGGCUUUAAAGGAGGGUCUCUCCUAGUCUCUCUUAAAAACACGUACAGGGAACUAUUCUUGCAAUAAGGCUGGGCCUCUUUUAGACUUUCUUCCCAUUAUCAGGUUGUAAAGGAGCAGGGAACAGAGUUACUGUCACUCCUACAAAUCCAAUAUGACUCCAUGAUGGUCCUUUGCCAGUGAGCAUUCAGCCAUCCACACCCCUCUUUCCAUUCUUGGCAGAAGGAAAGCUACACCUGCUUUGAGAUCCGGUCAUUCCCUGCUACUUUUUGCUUCCCCUUCACACGUUCUCCCACCUCUUGCAAAGUUUUGGAGACUAUUGCCACGUGUUCGCCUCUACAUAGUUCCAUCCUUAUUUCAGACAUUGUGAUAUAUUGUGAUGUUUAGCUGGUGAUAUAUUGCGAUACUGAAAACCGGAUAUUACCCAGCCCUGCCAUAUAUGAAAAAAGGGUAGUGGUGGAGCAGACAGAAAGCUAGAGGCCAAAACCUUCACUCAGCUGUUUGGAAUAGUUCUUGUACUUAGAACAAUGCCCUAGACUCUGGAUUCUUUAAUUCUACAUGUUUGUCUUUCACAUUUGACUGUAUUUGGUGGCUUUUGGGGUUCUAGGAGAAGAUCCCAUCAAGCCUGAAUGUUAAUUUUCAUUUGCAUGUAGCUCGGGCAGUUUUUCCUGGUAUUGGCAGCCUUGCUCUGAUACAAUUUAGAAGUCCCUAGUCAGAGUCAUAUCAUAAAGUUAAAACACAUGGCUUCUCCUAUAGACUCCUGGGAACUGUAGUUCAAAGGCACUGGGAAUUGUAGCUCUGUGGGGGUACCCAUGCUUCUUUGGGGAACACAGUGUGCUUUAAUGUAUGGUAUGGAUGUGAUGCCCUGCUUCUAAAAGCAGACGAGCAGCAUUGUAACACACAUGCCUCCCUGCAAGAGAGCCUGAAAUCAUCUGAACAGAGGACUUCCUAAGAGGUUGUGCCAGCUUUCGUUAUGUAAAAUAAAUCAUUGAGCUCCUCAUCACAAAUAACCAGUUCAUCAUAAUUUUUGGCUGAAAAGUUCAUUUCUUAUAUAAGUGCCUACUUGGAAUUUAUUUUUGUUUUUGUUCCUUUAAGAUUCUGGAAGUUUCAGCCAUUCUGGAGAUCAGCAACAAAGGUAUGCAAAUCUAAUGAUGAUACCAUAUAGGGCUUAAACCUGUGGAGAAAAACACAAGAACCCCCAUGUUGUGUAAUAUGUUGUUAUCUUCUUGAGGCUUUUUGGAAGGUUGGUAGUUACCAUUCUGCCUCUCUCUUUUGGAAUCGUUUUCCUCCAUUCAAAUUCCCACAUGCAGAGUUACAGUUUAUGUCCAAGCCAUUUCUGCCACCCUCCCUUUUGCUCAGUGUUACAAUUUAGCCUGCCUGUCCCGCUCUCCCAACCAGGUAAAAAGAACAGCUUGUGUACUUCCUCACAGGGAAACAAGUACAAAUACCUGUCCCUUAUAUCCCUUUCUCUCCUGCCCGGUGCUGUAUUAUUUUACAGUACUUUAUUUAACAAGAUUUAGAUAUCACUUAAUCAGUAAAACCUCUAAGCGGUUUACAUAAAAACAGUAUAAAACAUUCAUAAGAAAAUACUGGUAAAAUCAAACUUUAAAAACAAGUGGACAUAAUAACUUUUAUCAAAUACUGUAUAGAUAAAACCAACAGUUUAGAAACAAAAAUAUGUCAUAAAAUUGCUCACCUGGAUAGGUUUGCCUAAACAAAAAAAGGGUUUAGCAGGCUUCAAAAGCAGUACAGUGGUACCUCAGUUUACAAACUUAAUCCGUUCCUGAAGUCUGUUCUUAAACCAAAUCUGUUCUUCAACUGAGAUGUGCUUUCCCUAAUGAGGCCUCUCACCACCGGUGCCCUUCCACUGUUCCAUUUCCGUUUGUAGACCGAGGUAAAGUUCGCAAAUCGGAACACUACUUCCAGUUUUGUGGAACUCGUAAACAGGACUGUUCUUAAACCGAGGUUCCACUGUACAGCAGUGAUGCCUACCUAAAAAUAAGAGGCUCAAAGUUUCAGAGAGUAGGUGUCAUGCUAAAAGGAUAGAUUCCUUGCAAGCGUGUAACUAACAUUUUGUGGAAUUUGUGAAAGUGCCAUUUCACAUUUUGAAGCUGUUGAACGGGCACAAUUGGGGUAAGGCAGUCUUUCAAGUAAGCUGGUUCCAAGCUGUUAAGGGUUUUAUAUACUAACAGUACUGUAUUGAUUAAAAUGACUGGAUGGCCCCCCAAAUUCAAACUUUUCAUUUGGAUGGCACAAUUAAAGUGGUGAUCUAUAAAGUAGCCUCAACUGCUGUGGGUAAAAUUCAGCUCUAGUCACAAAGUGUGUGCGUAUAUGUCUAAACAAGGUUUGUUUUAUUGCAACAUAGGAAGCUGCCAAACUGAGCCAUACCAUUGGUCCAUCUAGUUCUGCAUUAUCUACAUUGAUUCGCAGUGGCUCUCCUGGGUUUCAGGCAGAAAUAUUUCCCACGCCUACCUGGAGAUGCUGGGGAGUAAACUUAGGACCUCCCGCAUUCAAAGCAAACGCUCUACCACUGAACUACGACCCUUCCUGAAUGUGAAAAAAAAAAUCUACAUAUGGUGCAGAUUGAAUUGCAAAAAUAAGCCAGACCGCUGGUCUGGUUUCAAAUGCCUAAAGCUGUACAAAUUGUAGAGAUAAGUCUGUGCUGAAGUGAUGUCUUAAGUGAAGGCGUUCUUCGCAAAUUACUUCUGAUGCGAAGUUGGUCCAGUGGGAAAUUAGCACUUAUUGAUGUGCUAUAAAAGGAACUCAGUAAUUCCUCUAGAGCUUUCUCCUUCCCCUGGUGCCCUUCAGAUGUUUUGGAUUACAACCCCCAUCUGCCCCAGCAUGAUACAGCUUUGGUGACUGGAGAUCAUGGGGGUUGCAGCCAAAAACAUAUGGAGGCACCAAGUUGGAGAAGGCUGCUCUAAAGAGCCCAGGUGCAUAUGUUUUUUCCAAAGAGAACAAAGUGCCAGACCGUGUGCCACGUCUGGCUAGAAGGCAUCACUAGGGAUUUCCAGAGUCACUGGUUUCUAUACUUUCUGCUGGUCAACAAGAACACAGUUAGGUCUCUGCAAGAACAGUUUGUGCCCUUCCCUAAACUUCAUGUUCUGUGGAUAAUGUUUGUGGGCCAGAAGUUGGCUUUAGUUCACAAAAGCUUAAGCUGCAACAAAGAACUGCUCUUUAAGAUGCUGCAGGAUGCUCAGAUAGAUGUGAAUUCUUCUUUUUGCCCCUAGGGAGGUGCUGUGUGGAAAUAACACUUCUCUGCCACCUUCUCUUCCAGCUACACAGGAUAUAGCAAUCAAGGAAAUCAAAGCUAUGGACAGGCACCGCAGGUGAGCAAAAUGACCACUUUUGUGUUGCUUUAAAAAAUAAAUCACAGCAUCAAUUUUUCUAUGACAGGAUCAUGGUGUAAUCAAUGUCUUUCUUGGUCCUCUUGAGAGAGAUAGACAGCUGGUAUUUGAGUGAACUUUGUGGGAAGAACGAUCAAGUGUGACUAAUAAGAUACAAAAGAAAGAGCCCAUUUGAGAUUUAGACUGCAGAAAAUAUACAUGGGGAUUGAUAGAGUGCUUGCCAUUAAAAGCAAGCACGAUCUCACUCUAUCAUGAGUUAUUCCUCAUGUUAUAGUAGAGUGGUAAUGGUAGAGUGGAGAGACACGGGUGGCGCUGUGGUCUAAACCAGUGUUUUUCAACCUUUUUUGGGCAAAGGCACACGUGUUUCAUGAAAAAAAUCACGAGGCACACCACCAUUAGAAAAUGUUAAAAAAAUUAACUCUGUGCCUAUAUUGACUAUAUAUAAAGUAAUUCUCUUGAAUAGGAAUCAAAUAAACACAAAGAAAGUAUUUUAUAAUUACUUUAUUAUGAAAUAGUAAGUAAACAGAAAUAUGAAAAAUUAUAAAAUACUUUAUUCAGUGCGCAACCUGGGCCUGUUUGGCUGAACACAAAGCUGAUAUUCUGGCUGGAAUCGAAGAAAGACGCACACGUAGCUCUUCAUCAACAGCUCUCAGUCUCUCUCUGUAUUUAGUUUUUAUAGCAAUCAUGCUUGAAAAGCUCAUCUCACACAGAUAUGUAGUGGAAAAUGGGAGCAAUGUCAAAAUAGCUUUGUUUGCCAGAAGGGGGGAACUCCUUGGCAGUAUCCAACCAAAAACUGUCCAAAGGUAGAUCAGCAAAUCUUAGCUUGAAACCACAAUUUUGUCUCAGUUCAGUUAGUUCCUCCUGCUCCUGUAAAGUCAUGUCCUUUCCACCAACUGAUGCUGAGCUAUAAGGGUCCCUAACCCAGUCAAGGCAUUCAGUGGAGACUGAAGAGAAAUAAAAUGACAACUUCUCCGGUCCUCCUGGUGACUCGAGUCGCGACGUCUUCUUCUCUCCGCUACUGCGCACACUGUGCUCGGGCGGGAAGGAGGUUGGAAGAGGAUGUCCUACUGUGAUAGGUCCAGGCUGGAGUCUGGACCAAUCACAGCCCGGACAUCAGAAAAGUGGAGGGUGUCCCCCUGAGGAGCGCCAAUCAGCGCCCCUGCUGGCCGAGGGUGGGGUCAACCCCCCCCAUACCCAGGACACAGUCUGGCGCCCGCCUAGUGGGCGAAAAUUUGAAUUUUAUUUUUAAAAAAAUCUUUCAAAUUUUUCAAAUUUUCCCAUGGCACGCCAGGCAACAUCUCGCGGCACACUAGUGUGCCGCAGAACAGUGGUUGAAAAACAUUGGUCUAAACCACUGAGCCUCUUGGGCUUGCCGAUCGUAAAGUUGGCAGUUCAAAUCCAUGCGAUGGGGUGAGCUCCUGUUGCUCUGUCCCAGUUCCUGCCAACCUAGAAGUUUGAAAUCAUACCAGUGCAAGUAGAUAAAUAGGUACCACUUCAGUGGGAAGGUCAACGGUGUUUCCAUGUGCUCUGGCACUCGUCAUGGUGUCCCAUGCACCAGAAGCGGUUUAGUCAUGCUGGCCACAUGACCCAGAAAAACUGCGGACAAAUGACCUUGACCUGAAAGUGGAGAUGAGCGCUGCACCCCAUAGUUGAAUUCGACUGGACUUAACCAUCCAGGGGUUCUUUACCUUUACAUUUCGUAGAGUGGAAAGUCCUUCCAGGCCAGAGUUGAAUCUGUAUCAGUGUACUAUAAGGCUGAUUCUCCUGAUGUAUAAUUUACCCAGGCAACUAAACUGCCAUGCACCUCACAUCACAUGCAAUGUCAGGUAUAGGGCAUAUGGGCAUGGCUUGGCCAGAACAGCCUGUGGAGGCCUGGGAGAGGUCCUGAAGGUUCUCCGCUCCUGUGAUAAUUGGUUGGCGGAUUGGUGCUGCCAGCUACUCCAGACUUCAGAGGGUUCUUUUUCUUGAGCCACAAGAACAGAGGUAGUCUAUAGCUUUCCCUGUUCAGCCUCCUCAUCCUGGGACUGAUUGAUGUCACAAUCACAUUUAUAUCCCACUUUUGCGUGCACAUAGCUAGGGUUGUUGGCACACCUCAGCCCUUCUGCCAAAAUGGCAUGAAGAAGAUUUGUACCUUGCAAUAUAAUAAAGCAAACAGCAAAACAAAAUGGUGAAGCCAGUGAGUGAGGGGUAAGUGGGAUGCAAUUAUUUGGAAAAUAUAAACCCUUAAAAAAAAUAAAGUGGGAUACCCAUUUAAUUUUCACAGCUGCUUAGAAGCCUAUUUUGGCUUCUAAGUUAUAUAAAACCUAAUAAAUAACAGCAACACUGUAUGGUAGGUUAGGCAGGGGGCCUGUGACUAGCCCAAGGCCACCCACUGUGCCUUGUGGCUAAUCGGGGAAUUUAAACCCAGGGUUCCCUGCCCAUAGCAUACGGCUGUAGUGGCUGUCUUGGUUUACUUCCCUGGUCUCCACAAAUGUCUGUGGCCUGACUUCUCUUUUGCCCUCUUCCUGUUCGAUUGCAGGGCUAUCCUGGCUAUGAGCAGAGUGGGGAGAGCUCCUCUUAUGGGCAAAGUUAUGGAGGCUAUCAAGGAAACUAUGGACAGACCCAGACAGGUUUGGCUGAGCAUGCUGACAUUUUUGUACGUGUGCACUGUUCAGGGGCAACUGUUUACCUAAAGCGUUCCCUGUUGGAUCUUCAGGUUACGGGCAGAGUGGCCAGCAAGGAUAUGGGGGAUAUGAAAAUCAGAACCAGAGCUCUUACAGCCAGGAGUCUUACGGCAGUCAGGGGCAGCAGAAAGAGCCAUCAGGCAGGUAAGGAGACUGACUUGUUUUGCCUGAACCUGAUAAAAGUAUGUCACUAAUUUAACUACUAACAUCCUCCAGCUACAACUGCUGUAAAGUUUUCUGUGUUGUGAAGCAGUGAAAACUUGUAGAAAGAUUGCAUUGGCAUCCUGAUUGGGGGGAAAGGGGGGAUUCAGAUUAAUUCUGGCUUUCUUAGGCUUUUGCUGGGCCCAUUUAUAUGCCUGCAAUGAAAUCUCCAUUGUUCUCUGCCAGUUUCGGGGGGCGAAAAUUGCUGGUGUAGAUUAUUGGCUGGGUGACUUAAGCUGGGAUUCUGCUUGUCGUUACGAUAUAAGCAGAGAUGAUUGUGGCCGUCCAGGAAAUAGUCUUGAUGGGGUUGGUUGAAAUUGGGCUGAUAGAAAUUGGAGAUUUUUAAGCAGAGGUUGGAUGAUCAUCUGACAGUGAUUCUUCAGCAGUGGUUCCUGCAUUGUAGUUCAGUGACAGGGCAUCUGCUCUAUGUGCAGAAUGUCCCAGGUUCAAUCCCCAGAAUCUCUAGGUAGGGUAGCGAAAGACUCUCUGUCUCAAGCCCUGGAGAGGGGCUGCAUUUCACGGUACACAGCAGUGGGCUAGAUGAGCCAGUGCUGUGACUGUAUUGAGCAGCUUCCUGUGCUCCAGAUGCCAAAAAAGUGUGCUAUAAUGAUCUGAGUUGCCUUUGUCUUGACUGCCUUGGAACUCUGUCCUGCAUAUGCAUUGUCAAUAAGCCGACGAAACUUCUGCACAUUUCGGUCAUGCUUCUUCAUCAGUUUUCUCCUCUGCUUCAGCAACAGGACUUCCUACGACCAGAAGUCCAACUAUGGGCAGCAGCCAGGUUCAUAUAACCAGCCCUCAGGUUACAGUCAGCCACCAGGGUCCUAUGACCAACUGUCCGGUUACAGCCAGCAGCCGAAGCAGUUUGACCAGCCGUCGGGCUACAGCCAGCAGGGACAGCAGCAAAGCUCGUACGACCAGCAAUCAGGUUACAGCCAAAACCGAGGCUCCUACGACCAGCAGCACGAUUUAGGGUCACAGCAAGGCUCCUACAACCAGAAGUCCAACUACGGGCAGCCGCCAGGAUCGUAUGGCCAGAACCAGCCGUCCUACCAAUCCCAGCAGAAGGAAAGCUAUGGCCAGAACAUGCAAGGUAAGCCUUGCACAGGCCGCUCAGAAAUGUUUAACGAAAGCAGCAUCACAUGCUUCGGUAGCCUAUAAUCCUCCAGGGUCACUUAGGCCACAUUUACACCAUACAUUUAAAGCACUAUGAUACCAUCAUGGCUUCCCCCAAAGAAUUCUGGGAGCUGUAGUUCGUUAAGGGUGCCUAGUUGUUAGGAGACGCCUCUUGUCUAUCAGUCCACAGUAACUGCUUUGUAAUUCUUCAGAUGAUCGUCGUGAGAAGAGUAGGUAUGGCGAAGACAACAGAGGCUAUGGUGGGCCCCGAGGAGGUGGAAGCAGGUUCGAUUCUGACAGCAGAGGUCCGAUGUUGGGCUUAAGGUAAAGGAUUUUUAGUAGCUGCAGAGGUUGUAUGUGGCUGCCUUCCCCACUAUUUUUCAGGCUUGCUUGAGUGGAUGCUCAUGCAAAAACCUUUGAGCCUUUGAGAUUUGAAGGCAGUGGAUUUUUUUCUUCUUCAAGCACUCUGUGAUGGGUACUGCCUGAAAACUGGACAGAAUUGGUGUGAAUAGCAUACAAACCAAGGUUCUCCAAUGUAGAAAUGGAAUCUCUUUCUGCAAGAUAAAAUAACGGGGUAUCAUGGGACACCUCCAGUGCCUGUUGACCAGUAGGAUCCAGCCAUACUUUCAGCAAAGAAUUCGGCUACACUUGAUGGUUCAUUUUAACAAGUGAGGCGGGCAAUGAUUCUUCUCAGCUGACAGGUCCUUCACCUUUUAACAGCACCUUGGCCUGAUUGUACCAUGAGAAAACUGUCAAACAGCUGUUACAAGCCCUGUUCAGGCAUUUAUGACUUAAAUGACUCUAGUCAGGGUCCCUGGCCUUACCCUGCCAUUCUUCCUUGCCAGCCCCAUUGCCCACAGUAUUUGUAGGUCAGCAAUCUAAAGUGUGACCUUGAUCGUGCCAGGUUUAAAGUCACAUGGGGAACCUACGUCUGUUCUCCGCCCCCACCCCCAUGCAUGGACAGUGAGCGCUCUGGGGUGAGGUCAGUAAGCAUUGCCCCACAGUUGGAAUUGUGCAAGUCCUGAAAACCCCAGCAAGGCUACGGCCACCGGAACAAGUUGAGCUUGUUUUUUUUCUGUUCAGUUGGCGACCCUGGUGGGCAUUGAGCUGAGACACCCAUAAGCUUGGGCCUAAGCUGGGAUUGGGUGCCUGGUUUCCCCCAGGCCCAGUUCAUAAUGUCAUGCCAGCUUUUCUCCCCAUUUUACACCUCAGCAAGCCAAAUGGAUGAACACUCUUCCUUAGGGAAAUGAUUUAAAGUUGAGCAUACAAGCCCUGGCUGCUGUGUUCUUCAGGCUAUAUCAGCAUGAUUUAGUCAAGCAAUUCUGACUAUUAAAGACAGCAUGAUGUCAAGCGAUACUGAAAAUAUAAUUAAUAGUUUACUAUUGUUCAUGAUUAGCAAGCAUUCCCUUAAAUUAUGUUAGCAGCUAAGAUUCUCAAACCCAACUUAGGAUGGUUGAUUUCCAGCUUGAUGAAGCUCCGUGAGCUCUGUGGAGUAUUUACGGCAGGCAGGGAUAUACUGGCUUUCCUGCCCAGACAGAAGGGAUUCUCUGCUUGUCUGUGUGGCUGGCUAUCUGUGGCCAGUUUCUUACUAGAGCAGAGUCUAGUAAAAGCAGGCUUGUCACAUGGCAACUUCAAGACAGUGCAGGCUAUAUCUGAAGCAGUUUGUGUGAAGCCAGUGAUGGGCAAUAAAUGUUUCCACAUUGCUAAACAAGAUUUGCAGUGGUGGCUGCUCUUCCAGAGAGAUUGGAAUAUAUGUGGGGAAACCUGAGACCUCUCAGUAGCUCCACUCCAUACACACCUCUAAUGCUUUCCCUUGGCUGGAAUGUGUCCUUUAAAUUGUGGUGAUUAUUCAUGCUUGGGUGGGGGAUGAAGAGAGGUUUGUGUGUGUAUAAAUGUCUGGCUUUAAUGUGGCUGGAAGGUACCCUAUUUCCCAGAGGUCCACAGCCUUCUUGCUCCCAUUCUCUUUCAUGGCUGCUUAUUCCCGCACUUGCUACCAUUAGCACGUGGCCCCUGGGAUGUUGUCCAUGAAGGGGUGCAGCUUUCUAGCUGAGAAGGGUUCCCUGCCGCUGGAAUGCAAGCUUGCAUCUAGACAGGCCGUGAUGGAGAGAGGUAGCCUGCCUGUUGAGAUGUGACAGGCCGAAGCUCAAGUUGCCCAUUGAUGCUUGUGUAGGAAAUAGGAUUAGGGUUACAGGACUCUUUCCAAAACACAUCCUUUCCCUCAGCCAAACCCCAUCUUCCCCAGGCCAUCCCCUUCACCAGCCCUGCAUCAUACUCUCUUUGAAUGUUUUUGCCUGACUGGAAUGUGUCCCUGAACUCUUGAUUGCCUGGGUGGGGGAUAGAGAGGGGUCUUGAUGUCGAAAGGUACCGUCCAAAGGUAAAAUGUACGCCUGUUGCUUCACUCACUUUUGCCUUUGCCCUGCCCACCGCUGCCAUUUUGCUCCUGGAGGGAAUGUGGCCCUUGGGCAGAACCAGUUCCUUCACCCUGGCCUUUGGUGUUCCACCUGCCUUCUCUGCAGCUGAAUCUCCUGGCCACCAGGCUCAGGGAACCUGGAGCUUUGCAGAUGUUCCUGGACUGCAGCUCCCAUCAUCCCUGACCAUUGUUCAUGCUAGCAGCGGCAGGCUCUCUCCCCCCCACCUAGCUUUAAAUUAUGCACUGAUGAAUCCCUUUACCUGCAAAUUCUGGAGUUAAGUACUGGCUUACAGUUUAAAUUUAAAUAAGAAUAAAUAGUGUGCCACUUGGUGAAGUAGGUCCCUACCAGUCAGGAGAUAAGGAACGUUGGUUGUGCUUUGCGGCCACAUGGGACUGCCACUGGUUGGAGUCUUGUUUGGGUGGAAAGUGAGAAGGCACUGGCCCCACUUAAGCUGAUGAUGGAAGAGGGCUUUGCCUUCUUGCUCCCUCGGUGCCUCAGGUUAAAGUGUUUGACAAGCCCUUGUGGGAACUUAAGCUACAAAGUGCGGCUGGACAGAAACCAGGCGCUGCUACUUGAGGGCAGAGGAAGAGUGUAUUUUGGUGACACAGAAAGGAAAGGGCAGUGAUUCAGAAGCGCUUGGUUGUAGCUUGCUCAGGUUCAGAGUGGAGGAGUUGGGUGGGUGGGUGAGUGAGUGGCAUAGCUGAGUGCAGUAGGUCACAACUAUUAAAAUAACCGUCUAUAACUGGAUACAAUUUCUGUUGUGUGUCAGUAUCUCUAAAUAUAAACCUUCUCUGAUGUCCAGCAAGCCUCACUGGCGUUCUAGACUUUUUGGCCACAUUCACACCAUGCAUUUAAAGCUCUAUGAGACAUGUGUUUAAACAGUCCUGGCUUCCCCCAAAGAAUUCUGGGAGCUGGAAUUUCUUAAGGGGGCUGAGAGUUGUUAGGAGGUCAGUUUUCCCCUCCCACAGCUCCCUGUGAAAAGGGAGAAUUGUAGCUCUCGGAGGGGAAUAGGGGACUCUUAACAACUUGCAGCCCCCAUGACAAACCACAGCUCCCAUAAUUAUUUUGGGGAAGUUGCAGCGCUUUAAAUGUAUGAUGUGAAUGUAGCCAAUCUUUAUUAUCUCUUACUGAGAAGAAUUAUUAUUUUUUUGCAUUUACUUGGAUCUGGAUAUACUCGUAUUUUUUUAGCAAUUUGAAAAUCUGAAUCCUGUUUUUUAAAAAGCAAAAGAAAGCCUCCAGAUCUUGUAGAGGGGCAGCCAUGACAUUCCCAAACUGAUAUGACAGCCCUGUGUUUGGUUCCAAACGUGACCUCUCUGUUUAUAAGACUUGGAGUCAUUCUUGCAAUGCAGGGAGGCUUGAAUGAGAGCAAAGGUUGGCAUUCUGAAGCUUGUUCCCUUGUUUCCUUCGCAUAUGUAAAAUAAUUCCCAAAUAAGGAAUGAGUCUGCUCAUGACUGUAGGUCAGUCCUUUUGUGUGUGUGAAGCAUCUCCUGGAUUGGAGUUUAAAAACUGGAUGUAUUUUUGGGCCUAGGUUUUAGGACCAGAAUUAUUUAUUUAUUUGCAUUGUUUUAUCCCACCCUUCCAAUGCGCUCUGGGUGGUUUACAAGCUUCCCCUCCCUCCUUUUUUUAUCCUCACAUCAGUCUUAUGAGUUAGGAUAGGCUGACAAAUACUGACCAGCCUCAGCCUGAGACAGAAUGACUGACCCAUGUUCACGGAGUGAGCUUCAUAGGCUGCUGGGGCUUUGAACCUAUAUAUCGAACCUAACCCAAAUGUUGUGCUGCACAGUUAAGAAUGCAGAUUUUAUUGGAAGCCAGAGGGUGGCAUUUCUCCAAACUCGUGAAAGGCUGUCCUUUAAAAAAAUGAGCCAGAGUAUAUUUUACCCCACCCUUCCUGCCAUGAGUUCAGGAUGGCACAGAGAACUUCCUCCUCUUGUAUCCUCACAACAACCUUGUGAAGAAGGUUAGGUUGAGAGGGAGGCUUGGCCGAGAGUGAACUUCAUGACUGAUGGAGAUUUAAGCCCAGGUCUUCCUUGUCAAACAAUGUGACUGCUAGUCCAGAAUAACUGCUGUUAGCCUAGAAACAGUCAUCCCCUCUCUCCCCCACCCCCGCUCAUGCAUAUGCACACCGACACAUUUUUUUGCAAUUACUCAAGCAUUCUCUCUGGCUUGUGCCCUUGUGAAUAGAAAACUGCAUUAUUCUUUAUUUCUUUAUCAUGCACCUGCUGUCUAUAUAGUGUGCAUAAACUUCUGCAAAGGACAGAUCAGACCUUUCCCCUCAAGCGUGUGCACAAUUAAAAAUAUACACACCCCUGCCCCAAAACAAAACCCCAUGAUCAACCAGUCACAGCAAAUAAACUCCUUGGUCUGAACAGAACUCAUGGUUUGUUUAGGACAGAGCUCAAGAAACAAACCCAGUGGGAUGGUGGCUGCAGCUCUGGUCUUCACAUGCACACCUGUUGAGCGCAUCCCAGGUGUAAAUGGCAUCUUACAAAUUACUGCUGGGAUUUGGGGCUGCAGAAGUGGGCCUGGGAACACCUGCAUACCUACCCUAUUCUCUUAAUCAAUGAGACUAACAAGAGCUCCAGAGCAGGAGCUGAGCACGUGUUAUUUCUUGCUGAAGGAGUGUGUGCCAGUUCUUAGGGGACGCAUUCAGCAGCUGCACGGUAACAUUCAGUAAGUGUGGCUUUUGAGCCCUUGGGCUCAGGGUGUAGAGACUUUAAAAGAAGGAAUCACUUCUUCAAUUUUUCCUCUACAGUGGUGGUGACCGAGGUGGCUUCAAAAAUUUUGGUGGUAAGUGCUGAGCAUCGGAAAUAAAACAUUUCAGUGGAAAUUCCACAUUAAAAGGCCAAUAAAUAAAUAAAUAACAGUCUUUAAAAGCCACCAAAUACCAUGUUCCAUUAGAAGCAUUUUAUUUUUUGUUGUUCUCUUUGUUUUCCCUCUUUGAGCUGAGGCUGGUGUGUACGUGUGCUUUAAAAGAAAAAGAAAAAAGUUGCUCGUAAUAAUAAAGUUAAAAACCAGGAUUCCGGUUUCUUUUCUUUUCUCUUUUGUCCAUUUGCAUGAAAGGAUUUUUUUGUUGUUCCUUUCCUUGCCACUUAGUGGUGCGUAAUGCAAAGUUCUGCUAAGCAAAACCUACCAAUGAGAGAAGAGUUGCGGCACACGACUUGAGAAUGGCCAGCCAGGACCCACAAGAUGACCCCCCACCCCAUAAAACUAGGUGGCAGAUGCCACAACCUUUGGUUUUAAAAAAAAGUGUGACCAGUUUUCUUCUUGGAUGCACCUUCCUUCAUUUUUAAUCAUCUCUUCUAAAUCUUGUCUCGGCUUAAGGGUUGUUGCAUAUACCUUUUCAUUAAUUCAGAAUUCAUUUACGUUGUCAGUUUGUGUAUUGUCAGGUGUUGUUGUAUUUUUGGCUAAAAUACCCUUUGGUUUUUCUCUCAACCAUUUCUCAGGUCAGAGGGAUUAUGGGCAGAAGCCAGACACAGGUAAGCACAUCAGCAUAUAGCUCCACAGCCUUCUGUAAUUUCCUUCACUUUCAAGGGUGGCACACAGCAGUCUUCCUCUUCAACGGGGAGGUGCACCAGUCUUCUUAGGUGCUUUAUGUUUAGCCUGGCGAAGAGAAGACUUGAGAGCUGAUGUAAGAGGCUGUCACAUGGAAGAUGGAGCGAUCCUGUUUUCUGCUGCUCUAGAGGGUAGGAAAUGAAAUAUCUUUUAUUAGGCAUAGCAAACCACACAUUAUCAAACAAACACUGUAUACAAAUUGUGUAAAUAUGAACUCAACAUAACAAAGUUUGUCCCAGUCAGAUCUUUAACUCCAGAUAAAAUCAAUUUGCAUAAAUAAUGCAAUACAACACUACCACCUCACCGAUCAAUUAAGAACCACUAAAUCUCUUUAUAAUGGCCUAGUCUUUCUGCAUGGACAGCACUCAAAAAUUCAGCCACUAUUAAAGUAAUUUGAUCAUUCCUGUCCGAGAGCAGGUCCCGAAUUGUUAGAGGGUAGGAUCUGAACCAACUGAUUCAAAUGACAGGAGUGUCUGACUAAACAUUGGAAGAACUUUCUUAGGGUAAGAGCUGUUUGACAGUGGAAUGGGCUCCCUCAGAGGGUGGUGGACUCUCCUUCAUUGGAAGCUUUAAAACAGAUUUUGUAUGGGCACCUGACAGUGAUUCUUCAGCUGUGGUUCAUGCAUUGCAUGGGGUUGGACUAGACGACCCUUGGGUUCCCUUCCGACUCUACAGUUCUAUUAUUCUAUUUCCUAAACUUAAAAUGAUUAAGUUCUCUGACACAACUUCCCCAUAUACAUGCAGAGCUUUCCAUACCAUAGUGGGCUGUUGCCGAUGAGCCUUUCCGAUGCAAUGGUGACUGUUCUGACUUGAGUAGUCUUGGAAAUCUGUUCCUUCUAGCUUGGCCCCUGCAGAAGUUAUUUCAGGUUCUAAAAUAACUCUGGCUCCUCUGUGAUGUAGAUUCGGAGUCUGACAACUCUGAUAACAACACCAUCUUUGUACAAGGACUGGGAGAUGACGUUUCAGCAGAUCAAGUUGCGGAGUAUUUCAAGCAAAUAGGUGUCAUUAAGGUGGGUGAAGUAGUAAAACUACUUACCAGAGAAACCUGGUAAGAUUGUGGGGAUGAUGCCGUUGAGGCAGGUGAUAGUUCAUAACAAAAUCCUCAAAUGGAUAAAAGCAAGGUACGUCUCCUAAAUAGGAUGACCAAUCAGAAAACUGAGGCAUUUCAGGUUUCUGAUUGGAGCAUACUUAAGGUUGGACUUGGUGGGUGUCCAUAAUUGUAGAGCAGGCAUCAGACUUAUUCUUUACACACAACACCUUGGUGUUGGUGCCUUAGCUGUCUGAAUUUGGUCUCUGACAAUCUCAGGAAGUCACUGGCAUGGUGGGUGUAGGAAAGCAGCUGGCUUUUCUGUCUUGAGUCCAAGAAGUUAAUUAUACCUUCCCACUUCAUUCCCUAACUCUCAUGGAUUCAGCUAGAAGUUACUCUUGUUCCUGUAGGACUUGGUGGUGAUGAACACUUGUUAACCAACUCCCAAAAUCUGUCUGGGUUUUCCCCCUUCACUGUCACUUGGCCUCUGUUUUUGAUGGUGCAGUUGCAUGCUGGAUCUCUGCCAGUGGAAGUUCUUAGAGUGAAAAUACCAAAAGAUUAGUGAUCCAACUUCCUGUCCGUAUGGAGACCCAUCACCUAUUAGCCUCAAAAUUUUCGCUUGUACCAAUGAGCACAUCCAUUGCAAAAACAUGGCUGUUACAUGUUUGCAGAUAAAUAUUUGAUGUGUGGGUGGGGAUUCACCCCUCUGGCACCCAACAGCCUUUCUCUAGUUGCUGGUGCCCCAGAGCAGGAGGUGCCAGCCUUCUUAGGUCAGUGGCACAUUUUGGAAAUUUGAAAGAGUGCCAUGGGCACCAGUCACACAGUUUGUGGCUUAAUCUGCCAUGUCUAGAAGAUCAGAGAAAGCCAGAACCUUAACACUGUGUGGUCCUGCCCCACAUUAGUCCCCCACCAACAAUGCCAGACACAGCAGUUCUGUGUUAUAUGGAGGGUGACGACAGGCCUUUCUCUCUUUUUUCUUCCCAGACUAACAAGAAAACUGGCAAACUCAUGAUUAACCUCUAUACGGACAAGGAUACUGGGAAGCCAAAGGGCGAAGCGACAGUGUCUUUUGAUGACCCACCGUCUGCUAAGGCAGCCAUCGACUGGUUUGAUGGUAAGACUGGCCGCCUUCCUCUCGGUAGCCAGUGCAUGAUUCCCCUCCUCCUUUUUAUGCAGCAGUCUUAAAACAACUAAGAUCAAGAGUGAGGGGGAACUGGAGACUUCUUUCACAACAGGAUCUGGAGAACUCAUGGCCUGUUUAUUUGCCCUGCUCUCUCUCUCUCUCCUUUCCUGACUCAAAGGUUAUUGUAAGCACCAACUAGCUUUACUUUAUAACAUAGAGUCCUUGAGACGCAAGAUGUUGUAGUACAACAUCUCACAUCAUCCACAGCCAGCACGGCCCAUGUUCGAAGGAUGGUGGGAUUUGUAGUCCAACAACAUUUGGGAACCAAAGGUUGAGGAAAGCUGCCUCAGAUUUUUGGAGCUGGUUUUUUUUGGGAGGGGGGUGAGAGCACAGGGAGUACAUAUCCUCAGGCAAGUAACCGAGCUUUUAGCCAUCUCUCCUAGGAUCUGUGAUGGAAGGUUUCUAUUUCAUUGUUGUGCCUGAGCAGCUGUGGAUUUUUCUUUCCUUCCUUUUAAUUUUUUUAAAAAAAUAUUAUUAUUAUUAUUUGCAGGAAAGGAAUUCAACGGCAGUGUUAUCAGGGUUUCCUUUGCAACCAGACGGCCUGAAUUCCUGCGAGGAGGCAAUGGAGGUGGUGGCGGUGGUCGCCGAGGUAGGAACAGAACCGCCUCCCUGGUCAUAUUUCCAUGUGAUCCAGAGGUGCUGUUAUUUCAAGACUGAGCGUGGGAGCAACUUUGUCCCCCAAAUCUCUUUUUGGCUGUCCCUCUCUCUGAAGCAGGGAGCAGAGGCCAUUCUGAUGCUUUUUGGCUAAGUCCUACCCACAUGUGUUUCUUUGGUUUAACUGCAAUGUAUUUGUGACGGCAGGUUCCCGAGGAGGGGGCUUCGGAAGAGGCGGCGGCUUCCAGGGCCGAGGCGGAGAACCCAAAAGUGGUGACUGGGUUUGCCCCAACCCGUAAGUUCUUAUCCUUAGGCCUGUAUCUGAAUAAUGGCUUCAUCUUCUUCCAUGUUGGAACAUAGGAAGCUGCAAUUGAAGCUGAGCAGCAUAGGGUAUCUGUGGCCCUCCAGAUGAAGUUGAACUCGAGAGUUGCAUCAUCCCUAACCACUGGCUGGGGGCUGAGUCCAGGUUAGGUUGAGAGUGAGCGACUGGUCCAAGGUCACCCAGUGGGCCUAAUGGCCGAGUUUCAACCCUGGUCUCCCAGGUCCUAGCCCAGCCAGGACUCUAACCACUACACCUCACUGGCUAUUAUUUUUAUUGCAUUCUGUUUUAUUGAUGGUAUUUGUAGUCUGCUCCUCAUAUGUUUUCAGUCACAGGGCUGGAAACAAAAGUAAUAAAAAUAAAUGCAAUAUACAAAAAUCGCAACAACACAAUUUAGCAUUUCCAAGUGUCCCCCUCUAAAAAAUCCAAAGCACUUUCUAAAGCGCAUGUUUCCUUGUUUCCUUCAGGAGCUGCGGCAAUAUGAAUUUUGCCCGUCGAAAUUCCUGCAAUCAGUGCGAUGAGCCCAGGCCGGAUGAUGGGCAUCCAUCAGGAGGAGGUGUGUAAAAAACAACAACCCCAAAGCAAACCAUAACGCCAGAAAUGGGGUGGGGGCAGGAUGCCACAGCUUGGAGAAAGUGUUCCCUUGUGUUGCUCAUCUUGCUUCCCCCCCCCCCAGACUUCCGCGGCCGGGGAGGCUUUGGAGGCGACCGGGGAUUCAGAGGCCGCAGAGGCGGUGGCUUUGGCGGAAAAAUGGGAGGCCGGUCAGUGCUGAAUUUAUUUACUUAUUAGAAUAACCAAAGGGCAUGUUAGAUCUGGGAUUUACCCAAAUCAGUAUUCCCCAUCAUUGCGUCUUUGGCCACAUUCACACCCUACAUUUAAAGCGCUACAAUACCACUUUAAACUGCCAGGGCUUCCCCCUCCCAAAGAAUCCUGGGAGUUGUAGUCUCUGAAAGGUGUUGAGAGCUGUUAGGAGGCCCCUGAUUCCCCCUUACAUAGCUCCAGUUUCCCAUAGUUCCCUGAGACGAGGGAUUGAUUGUAAAACCAACCAACCCCCAAAAAGCAAGUGUUUUUCAUAGAAUAAUUUAAAAUAUUCAGAAGAAGCUACUGAUAAAAAUGAACAAGCUUUAAAAAGAAGUAGACACAGUAAAAUGAACAGUUUUAAAAACAAAAGUGUUAUGUCUAGAUAGGCCACAGGUCAGGAGAUGCUGAUGAUCAUGAUGAUUUGUUACCUGCCCUUCACCAGCAGGUCCCGGAGCGGGUUGCAACAGUUUUAAAAUUCAGAGUUAAAAGCAGUUAAAACAUACAACACCCACAAGCAUAGGUUGGAUCCUGGAAAUGCACAUCUCAGGAGUCAAAGGCCGGAGGAAGGAGAUGAGAAAAGGGAAGUUCUUUGGAAAGGUCAGGCUUGGCUUAGGGUGCCUUGGCCACAAAUUUACACCUGGCCCACUGAAGCUGUCCAGACUUUUAUUGCUUGCAAGGGUGCCAGCCAGGUCCAGGUGGCUGGUUCUAGGGUGCAGUCACUGGACAGGAAGGUAUUCUGAGUGAAAAAAAAAACCUCCUUUCUUUCUCUUCCAGAAAUGACUUCAGAAGCGAUCAACGCAACCGACCCUACUAAGAACAGCUGUGAAGGUCCCCCCUCCCUACCCCAUCUUUCUGACGGCUUUUCACAGCAAACUUUGCUGAGUUUCGCCUGCUGCUUUAUACCCCACAUGGCCUCUUUUGGAUAGUGGAAAUAAAUGUGAAAUUGGAUUUGUUUUUUAUUUGGCGGGAGGGAACUUGGGUCAGAUUCCUCCCCCUCCUUUUUUAUUUUACUUUUAAAGCAAGUCCAUCAAAAUUUUCAUCUUCUGAUUUCCAUCAUUCCCCUCCCCCUUCUCCCACCACCCCCAAUUCUCCAUCACCUAAAAAAAAAAAAAAGAAGGCUCUCUCUUCCACGGGCUGUUGAAAAAAAGAAGGAAUGAAACUGUAAAAUAUUUGCCAAAAAUCUGACAUGUUUUAUAAUUCAAACAAUAAAAGCUGAUUGUUUAUUUGUGACA